AUGGCAGACAGAGGUGGACUCGAUCCUCCCCAACUGCAACCUUGGCAGCUUCCCUCCAUCUUGAGGAGCAUCUCCUUCAACAACAGUGCUGGGGACUUUGUGUCUUUUGAUGAGAAUGGGGAAUUGGCAGCUGGAUUUGAUGUUCUGAACUGGGUUACUUUCCCCAACCAAACCUUCGUGCGAGUGAAAGUAGGAAAGAUAGAACCACAGGAAUCGCACGAUGUCGACUUCAGCAUGGAUGAAGAAGUCAUCAAAUGGCACAAAACAUUCAAUCAGGUGCUGCCCCUCGGUUUGUGUAAUGAUCGGUGCCAGCCAGGCUACAGCCGGAAAAAGAAGGAGGGGCUGCCAUUUUGUUGCUAUGACUGUGCUUCAUGUCCAGAUGGGAUGAUUUCGAAUCAAACGGAGCCUUUGGGAUUCGCACUAGCUGCCUUAGCUCUGCUCUUCGCUCUGGUCACAUCCUUGGUCCUUGGCGUCUUCUCUAGGAACGGGGACACUCCCAUUGUCAAAGCCAACAACCGGGACCUCACCUACACUCUGCUCCUUGCCCUGUUGCUCUGCUUCCUCUGCUCCUUGCUCUUCAUUGGCCAGCCUCACCCAGUGAGCUGCUCUUUACGACAAACGGCCUUUGGCAUCAUCUUCUCCAUUGCGGUGUCUUGUGUCUUGGCCAAAACCAUCACGGUGGUUCUGGCGUUCAUGGCCACCAAACCAGGAUCCAGGAUGAGGAAAUGGGUGGGGAAAUCUCUGGCCAACUCUCUUCUUCUGGCUUGCUGCUCCCUUCAGGCCACUAUUUGUGCUGUUUGGCUCUGUACGGCUCCUCCCUUCCCAGAUGUGGACAUGAACUCUCUGGCGGAGGAAAUCAUUGUGGAAUGCAACGAAGGCUCUGCCACUAUGUUUUAUUGUGUCCUGGGGUACCUGGGAUUCCUGGCCAUUGUCAGCUUCACGGUCGCUUUCCUGGCCAGGAAGUUGCCAGACAGUUUCAACGAAGCCAAGUUCAUCACUUUCAGCAUGUUGGUGUUCUGCAGCGUUUGGCUGUCCUUUGUUCCCUCUUAUCUGAGCACCAAAGGAAAGCAGAUGGUGGCUGUGGAGAUCUUCUGCAUCUUGGCCUCCAGUGCAGGCUUGCUCGCUUGCAUCUUCUUCCCCAAAUUGUACAUAAUCCUUCUGAGGCCCGACUUGAACAGCAAAGACCACUUGAUUCGGAGGAGCAAAUAA